AUGGUUGCUAAUGGCCAUGCAAAAGGAGACAAGAAGAAACUCCUGGAAGAGUUCAAAACGUAUGCAGACACAAAAUGGGAAAAGUAUUUUAACAAACUUGUCAAAGUAAGAAUACUCAGAACGUCCUUUUUAAGGCUUUUGAAAUAGGCGUCUGGAAGUGGAUUCCUGCACAAAUCCGGUGUAACUUGGCCUGACUUCAUCGUUGCCAAUCUCUAUGAAAGCGCUCAGACUUAUGCAUUGGAGCCGAUUUUGAAGAUGAAGAACUUCAAAGCUAUCCAUGACAAAGUCAUGACAUUGCCUCAACUUAAACACUACUUGGCUCAUCGCAAGUAA